AUGAGUUGUACCCCAGAAUCAUUGGUAGUUUGUACCCCCGAAUCGUUGUACCCCCGAAUUUUUGUACCCACGAAUUUUUUACCCCCGAAUCAUCAAUUUUGUACCCCUAAAUCAGUUGUACCCCCUUGUACCCCCGAAUCAUUGUACCCCCCGAAUUUUUUGCCCUUUAAACUUGCAACUGUCAUCUUAAAGACAAGUUGUCUCGGUUCCGCUAAGAGAUUUUGUCGAAGUGCAGUUAGCUCGUCGAAUUUAUUGAAACACAAAAAUUAUGAAAAGCAAGCAGACUUCUCAUCCUGGAUAACUCUUGUCUUUCCACAGGAUGCUGACAAAACAGUCGUGGAUAGCAUCCGAAGAACGAGCCUCAGUGGAGCUGAUAUCCUCCUUCUUGCCACCGAACCAUCAGUAAGGAAUGUCCGGAACUUGAUGAUGUGCAAUUCUCACGGCUCCAAAGUGAAGCGAGGAAAAUAG